AUGCAUCACGCAGGUGCACUCGACCAGUUUGGGUUGCUAAUUGUCAACAAUGACUUGUCGAUUAAAGGAGUUGAUUCAGUUUUGCGUUACGCCUCCUUCCUUGUAUCCGAUAAGUUAUAUGUUCUCCUUCGAUCUCCGUCCUGCCAGAAGCGUUGCGAGCACACAUGGAAGAAGUACAUUUCGCUGUAUUAUUCAUCUGCUAGCUGCGUAUGCCCGGGCCUAGAUAUCUGCAUUCUUCUUCCGCGCACACCACAAACAGUUGUAAACAAAAGUCGGAUCUUUGGUGUCGUCAUCACUGACGAUAUGACUAGUGAUGAGAAUGAGAUUAUCGAAUUAGCCUCUGCUUUUGGUACUGGUUCUGAUGGAUGCAACGUGUUUCGUUACAAAGUUGCUUUGGCAGAUGAACCAUCUUCUGAAGAGUCACAAAUUACCACCUAUCCGUCGGUGUGCGUCGGUGGGACAUUUGACAUGUUCCACCAUGGUCAUCGAGUGCUUUUAAGCAUUGCGGCCCUUCUAACUAGCUGUCGCUUACUGGUCGGCAUCACGGACAUUUGUCUCCUUCACGAGAAAUUUCUCGCUCCCCUCAUCCAGGUAUAUGAGGUUAGAGAAGCUGUUCUGACGAAAUUCCUAACCGAUAUUGACUUUCCAGAAAAGCAGCUGGAAAUAUGCCGCCUUACUGAUCCGUAUGGGCCGCCCUCACAUCAACCUGAUUUUCAGUGCAUUGUCGCCAGUCUUGAGACGGUUCGGGGUUGUGAGAAGAUAAAUGAGAUGCGGCGUAGCCUCAAUUUUGAUCCUCUUCACAUCGAAGAGGUCGAGUACGUUGACCGUAAAGGCACAGAUGGACUUUGCCGUCCCCGCGACUAUGUGGACUUCAAGUUUAGCUCUUCAACCUUCCGAUUAAACCUCCUCGGUCGUCCCCUCCUGUGUCUGCCUUCCGCGCGAGUGAAGCCGAAACAUGCCUCCUGGGUGAUUGGAUUGACCGGGCCUAUCGCCUCGGGAAAGUCCACCAUUUCGAGGUACCUGGAGGACUGUGCUGGUGACCGGGUGUGUCUUCUGAAUGCUGAUCCCAUCUGUCGCACAGUUUAUGAAUCUUCCCCUCAAAGCUGCAUGAACCUCGGAAUUUACUUUAAUCUCGAACCAAUAAAGCGGUUGGAUGCACCUCUUCAUUUUAAUGUUUUUGAGCAAUCAAAAAUUGUUUCCUUUGUCAAAUUGGAAGUUAAUCGACUGCAAGCCGGAGACUACUUAGACCCGCCUAUCGUGGUGCUGGAGAGUACGCUUCUUUUUGAGGUCGGAUUGGAUGCGAUAUGUGACGAGGUAAGGCGCAAGCAAUGCAGCACUAGACUCCCAUCAGACAGGUUGAUAUGGACAGUAUUCAUACCACAUUCAGAGGCUGUGAGUCGCAUAGGAGCGCGCUACUGCAUCACUGAUGAAAAGAUGCUGAGUAGUGCCAGGAAUCAAAUGAGUGAGUCCAAAGAUGACUGGUGGACGCCGUGUCAGCGUGACCUGGGCGUUGGACCGAUUGGGCGGGCAAACAUAGUCUUUUGCACUUCAUGGGAUGCGGAGUUUACCAGAGUGCAGGUCAAACGCGCUUGGGAGUACUUUUCGCAAUCCAUUUCCAUGUUGGUUCCUUAA